GUUAACUUGACACUCGGGGCCAGGAAGCGCCGCAAGUUAAAGCGAAAGGAAACGCGACCAAGAGAAGCAGAGGCUGAAAGAGAGGAGGAAGAAAGAUGAUGAGAGCUAAAAUUGUUGCUCACAAGUGACCCACUUUUGACUCUAGGUACGCUUAUAAUAAGACCGGUUCCAGCAUCCGAGGAUUUUACACCUCAACGAAGAUGUCGGCGUCGGCGUUAUUUAUCCUUGACCUGAAGGGAAAGGUCUUGAUCUGCCGCAACUACAUGGGAAACAUGGAUAUGAAUGAGAUUGACCACUUCAUGCCAUUCCUAAUUAAGCGGGAAGAAGAGGCAGAGAUGACUCCACUCAUCACCCACGGCUCCUCACAUUUUCUUUGGAUCAAACAUAACAACCUUUACUUGGUAGCCAUGACCAAAAAGAAUGCCAAUGCUGCCCUGCUAUAUUCCUUCCUUUAUAAAAUUGUCCAGGUGUUUCAGGAAUACUUUAAGGAGCUGGAGGAAGAGAGUAUUCGUGACAACUUUGUGACAGUGUAUGAGCUGAUGGACGAAGUCAUGGAUUUUGGAUUCCCACAAACAACUGACAGCAAGAUUCUCCAAGAGUACAUUACCCAGGAGGGUCAUAAACUCGAGAUUGGGGCUGUUCGACCUCCUGCCACUGUCACCAAUGCUGUGUCGUGGAGGUCAGAGGGCAUCAAGUACAGGAAGAAUGAGGUCUUUAUGGAUGUCAUUGAGUCAGUAAAUCUUUUGGUGAAUGCCACUGGCAAUGUCCUGCGAAGCGAAAUAGUGGGCUGCAUUAAGCUUAAAGUAAUCCUUUCAGGGAUGCCUGAACUCAGACUGGGACUCAAUGAUAAAGUGCUGUUUGAAAUUACAGGCAGAGACAAAAGUAAAACUGUGGAGCUCGAGGACGUCAAGUUUCAUCAGUGUGUCCGUCUGUCGCGCUUCCAGAAUGACCGCACAAUUUCUUUCAUUCCCCCGGAUGGCGAGAGCGAGCUCAUGUCUUACCGGCUCAACACAAUGGUAAAGCCCCUCAUAUGGAUUGAGAGUGUGAUAGAAAGGUUUUCCCACAGCAGGGUUGAGAUCAAGGUGAAGGCUCGUAGUCAGUUUAAGAGCCGGUCAACUGCCAACAAUGUGUCCAUUUUGGUGCCAGUGCCCAGUGAUGCCGACUCACCGAAGUUCAAGACCAGCACAGGCAGUGCCAAGUGGGUGCCAGAGAAGAAUGUGGUGCAGUGGAACAUCAAGUCUUUUCCUGGUGGCAAGGAGUACCUGAUGCGGGCACACUUUGGGCUACCCAGUGUGGAGAGUGAUGAGCUGGACGCCAAAAGACCCAUCCUUGUUAAUUUUGAGAUACCCUAUUUUACUGUGUCUGGCAUUCAGGUGCGUUACCUAAAGAUUAUAGAGAAGAGUGGUUACCAGGCCCUGCCUUGGGUGCGCUACAUCACGCAAAGUGGAGAUUACCAGCUCCGGACAAACUAAAGGGCGAAGAUGCUGCUGGACGAAUGGCCCUCUGUGUCUUCCUCCCCUGGGUUUAUGUCUCUCAGCCUCUUGUGGGGGGGGGGGCGCUUUUCCUUUUUAUUUUAUUCAUAUCUAAUUCAUAAUCCCCCCCCCCCCCAACCCCAAAAUAUCACGUUUUAAAAGUUUUAUAUGUAUGGCAUUCCAUUAUAUUGAA